UUUGGCCAGUGACAGAAAUUUUGUAUGAUUUAAACACGCUUCCGUUAACGAAUCUAUUGUUUUAAAGAGUUUAGGCUUGUCGUUUUUGCUAUGUUAUCCUCAAAGUGAAUUCAAUUUUGGUUGCAUCCGCUGUUUUAACAGUGACGGAAAUAUAACAAGAUCGUGUCGCUCUCGUAGCAUUUUUACACAUUACAUAACCAUUAACGAUGGCUGAACCAGAUGAAAAUCCUUUUGGUGAUCCCACCCCUUCCGUGGGUCAUCCUUUUCAGAAACCCCCUGUGAGAGGAGCAGCCAAUCCACCACUUAAUUCUAUGCCAGCUGUUAUGUCACCUACACAAGAAUAUCCAGUUACUCCACAAGUUGCUCCUACCUAUGGAAGAACUUCAGGCGAUGUCUCAGCUGAUUUAUUGGCUAGAAAAGCUGAACUUGAUCGAAGACAAGCUGAAUUAGAUAAAAGAGAAGAGGAAUUACGUAAUGCUUCAAUAAAUGUUCGUCAAAACAAUUGGCCUCCAUUACCUAAAGGGUUUUGCUAUCAACCAUGUUUUUAUUUGGAUAUAAGUGUAGAAAUUCCCCCAGAUUUUCAACAUGUAGUCAGGCAACUAUAUUAUCUAUGGUUGUAUCAUACUGGUCUGCUAGCAUGCAAUGUAUUGAUUGGUAUCUUAUUACUUUUCUUAACUGGAGCGAUAGCUACAUUUAUUUUUUCAAUUGUGUACGCCGGAAUUUUAGUGCCACUUUCAUUUUUAUUUUGGUUUCGUCCAGGAUAUAAAGCUUUUCGAGAUGACAGUUCUUUCAACUUCAUGCUAUACUUUUUUGUGUUCUGUAUCCAGUUUGUUAUAGCAGUUGUUCAAGCAUUGGGUACUUAUGAAUCGGGUUAUUGUGGAUUGUUUAUGGCCGUCAGACUUUAUGAGGACUCUCAUCCAUUUUUAGGUACUYUGGUGUUAUUAAUGGGAAUUGCUUUUUCUCUUGGCGCAACUAUGGACUUCCUUUUGUUGACAAAAAUCCAUAGAAUUUAUCGUAGCUCUGGCGCCAGUUUUGCUAAAGCACAAGAAGAAUUCCGUUCCGGUGUCAUUUCUAGUGGUGCCGUUUCCAAUGUCAUAGCAUCUAACAUCAGAUUUUAAACUAACAAAUCAUGCAUUCUCAAUAUAUAUUCUAUUUAACACUUAAUAAUAUUACUUCAGGAUAUACAUUGUUAUAUUGUGAUGGAUAAUGUAUAUAACGCAGCUGAAAACAACAUUUAACCUUUUGCAUAUUUUAGUAUAAUAGUCAUUACUCAACUAUUUUCAAGCAGAAAUGAUAAAAAUGUCAUUAUAAUAAGUCAUUUUUGUUUGAAUAUUAUUAAUUAUUAGGAC